CGACCGCGACCGGGUGAACGCGGGCCCGCUCGAGCCAUGGACUAGAAGAGGCCUGCCUGCCGAGAAGCGCUCUCGUGCGAUCCCUGCUGGAUCCCUGUUGGAUCCUGACGGCUUGGACUGUCCCCCGGCCCGCCACCCCGCCCCGGCCACCCCUCUCGGCCUCGCCGCAAAGUGUGUCGGCAGGGUCGUGUCGCGCGUGCGCGCCCGCGAGCGCGUAGGUGUGCCCAUAGCGUGUCCGUGUGCGCGGCCGCGCUCCAGUGUCAGUGCGCUCACGAGCACGGGGGCCGCGCGGCGGGAUGGCGCGGGCUGCGGGGCCCAGGCCCCACGGGAACGACGCCGGGCCCGAGGCUCGGGCCCCUCGCCGCCCGGACUCGACGACCGCCCUGGACGCCAAGGGCCGCGCCCUGGCGGCGGCGGUGAUCCUCCUCGCCGGGACUCACCUGGCUGCUUCCCUGAGACACGGAAUCGAAUGCCCCCUGGGAAUGUUCCGAUGCCCGGAGGGCAAGUGCAUCCCGGCGUCUUGGGUCUGCAAUUACCAGAGGGACUGCGAUAACGCCGAAGAUGAGUUCCAGUCCUGUCCUCCUCCGGACUGCGACGUGGGCCAGAUUACCUGCAGCCAGUACAUCUUCAACAAGACGUACUGCAUACCGCCUCAUCAGAGAUGCGACAUGAAGGUCGAUUGCGUCGACGGGACCGACGAGGCAGGCUGCAGUUACAGGAAGUGCCAACGAGACGACUUCAGGUGCGGCGGCACCACCCCGGAGCUCUGUUUGCCGAAGGAGAAGAGGUGCGACGGGUACCUGGACUGCAGGAACGGCAAGGACGAGGAGAAGUGCGUCACCCUUUACCCCCCCUGCAGGUUAGACCAGUUCAGGUGCAACGUCACCAAGAGAUGCGUCGAGCAGAGUGCCAGGUGCAACCACAAGGACGACUGCGGGGACAAUAGCGACGAGGAGCACUGCAGCUUUCCGCCGUGCACCAGCGACCAGUUCCGCUGCGCCAACGCACUCUGCAUCCCGGUGGGGUACCAGUGCGACGGGUACAAGGACUGCGACGACGGGUCCGACGAGAAGUCCUGCACGGCGACGGUGUGUCCUGGGAAUAAAUUCAUGUGUCCGCAAGGAGCGCCCGGAGGGAAGCCGCUCUGCAUAAAUCGGUCCCAGCUCUGCGACGGCAAGGAGGACUGCGAGGACAGCGCCGACGAGGAGGCCGCUUGCUCCUCGGAUAUGUGCCCGCUGCUGAGCUGCCAGUACAACUGCCAGUCCUCCCCUGCAGGAGGGGUGUGCAUCUGCCCCGAGGGCCAGGUCCUCGCCAACGACACCAGGACGUGUACAGACAGGAACGAGUGCGCCGAGUGGGGCUUCUGCGAGCAGCUCUGCACGAACACCGAAGGCUCCUACGACUGCAGCUGCGCCCCAGGAUACGUGCUGCACGGGGACAACAAGUGUCGGGCCCAGAACGGGAGCCUGGAACUGCUGGUGGCCCAGGAACGAGCGAUCUGGCGGAUGGGAGCCACCGGCGGGGACCAGAAGCUGGUGGCCAAUACUACCGGGGCCAGCGGCGUCGAUUUCCUCUACUCCAAGAACCUCCUCUUCUGGAGCGAUCUCAAGACCCACAAGGUCCUCUCGCAGCCCCUGAACGAGAAUCCGGACAACGCGGUCAACAUGGAUAUCUACUUACCGGGGUCCUGGUCGCCGGUCGCCCUGGCGGUCGACUGGGUCGGCGAGAAGCUCUACGUGGUCGACUCGAUCGUCCAGAAGAUCGACGUCUUCGAGCUGGACGGCCGUUUCCACGGGGUGGCCCUAGGCUCCAACCUGACGAGCCCCAACGACAUCGCCUUGGACCCCACCGUGGGUAUCAUGUUCAUCGCCGACAGCAAACAGGUCCUUAGAGCCAACAUGGACGGCACGUCCUCCUUCCCCGUCGUCUCCGAGGCGGCCUACAAGGUGUCCGGGGUCGCCGCCGACAUCAUCGCCAAGAGGAUCUUCUGGUGCGACUCCCAGUUGGAUUAUAUAGAGACCGCGGACUACAUGGGUCGCGGGAGGACGAUGAUCAUCCGCGGCUCCCACGUCCCGUCCCCGGUGAGGCUCACCCUCUUCGAGAACAGGAUCUACUGGACCGACAAUACGAAGCAGGCGGUGACGAGCGUGGACAAGACUCAGGGGGUGUACUCCAUCCAGACCAUCUUCAAGACCAGCGACGCCAAGGCCAUCAAGGCCCUCCACGCCCUGGCCCAGCCCCCGGUGUCGAACCCCUGCGGGAACAACAACGGAGGGUGUCAGCACAUGUGCAUCGUCACCGCGGCAGGUGGGAGGGAAUCCGGACUGGCCUACAGGUGCGCCUGCGACAUCGGCUGGCGACUCUCGGCCGACCUCAGGUUCUGCAACCUGGUCGAGGAGUUCCUCAUGUAUUCCCAGCAGAGGUUCAUCAAGGGCCGGGUCCUGGACCCGGUGAUGGAGGGCUUCAGCGACGCCAUCCUGCCCGUCGUCUCGAGGAGGGCCCGAUUCGUGGGCCUCGACUACGACGCCCAUGAUCAGUACAUCUACUACAGCGACGUUCUCCAGGACGUCAUCUACAGGGUCCAUCAGAACGGCACCGGCAGGGAGAUCGUCCUGGCCAGCCAGAACGAGGGCGUGGAGGGACUGGCCGUCGACUGGGCCGCGAAGAACCUCUACUACAUCGACUCGAGGAAGGGUACCCUGAACGUCCUCAGCACCAGGAACGUCACCUACCGCAGGACCUUGCUGAAGAACCUGAAGAGACCGCGCGCCAUCGUGGUCCACCCGAACCACGGGUUCAUCUUCUUCUCCGAGUGGGACCGACCGGCGAACAUCAGUAGGGCCCACGCGGACGGGUCCAACCUGAUGGUCUUCAAGAACCUCACCCUGGGCUGGCCCAACGGCCUCGCGAUAGACUUCACCAAAGACAGACUGUAUUGGUGCGACGCCCUUCUGGACCACGUGGAGCACUCCAACCUGGACGGGAGCGACGUCAGGACCGUCAACUCCAGGCUCAUCAGGCAUCCCUUCUCCAUAGCGAUCCACAAGCAGUGGAUGUACAUCACGGAUUGGCGACUGGACGCCAUAAUCAGGCUCCACAAGGAAACCGGCGAGCAGGAGGCCAUCCUGGUCCGGGAACCGGCUACGAAUCGACUCUACGGGGUGAAGGUGUUCAGUCGCGACGUCCAGAGCCCUAGUGCGGGCCAUCCCUGUCAGAUAAACAACGGAGGCUGCGAGAAACUCUGUUUCGCCGUCCCCACGAACAACAGCGAGCACCCGACCAGGUUGACCAGCGUCUGCGGGUGUCCUUACGGGGAGAGGCUGAGGAGCGACGCUCGCACCUGCACGGCCGACCCCGAGGCCGAGCCUCCACUUCAGGCCUGCCCCAACAGCUGGGACUUCACCUGCGCGAACCAACGCUGCGUCCCCCAGUCCUGGGUCUGCGACGGCGACGACGACUGCCUGGACAAGAGCGACGAGAUGCAGAACUGCACCAAGCCCACCUGCGGGCCCAACGAGUUCCAGUGCCAGAACGGCAGGUGCGUGCCCCUCAGCUUCAGGUGCGACUCCGGGAACGACUGCGGGGACUACAGCGACGAGAUGGCCUGCCCGAACGUGACCUGCAGCGCGAAUCAGUUCACCUGCGAGAACAACCGGUGCAUCCCGGCGACCUGGAAGUGCGACUUGGAGAACGACUGCGGGGACAGCUCGGACGAAGGUGCCUUCUGCGCUGCCAAGACCUGCUCCUACUUCCAGUUCACCUGCCCCAGGUCGGGCCACUGCAUCCCCCAGUCCUGGGUCUGCGACGGGGACAACGACUGCUUCGACCAGCAGGACGAGAUGGACUGUCCGCCCGUCACCUGCCUCAGCACCCAGUUCACCUGCGCCGACCAGAAGAUGUGCGUCCUCGAGUCCUACAAGUGCGACGGGAUCUCCGACUGCAACGACGGCAGCGACGAGCUCGGCUGUCCUUCUCUAGCCCCAGAUCAGUGUAAUCCUGAGAAGCAGUUCCAGUGCGCCAGCUCCGUCAUCUGCAUCCCUCGCAGCUGGUACUGCGACGGGACCGUCGACUGCCAGGACAAGUCGGACGAGCCAGACACCUGUCGGCAGUCCGAGUGCCAGCCCGGGUAUCAUCGGUGCCAGAACGGUAAGUGUGUCUUCAAGGCCUACAUCUGCGACGGCAAGGACGACUGCGGGGACGGCUCCGACGAGGACACCCGACUCCAUGCCUGCGGACCCCCCGAGUUCAAGUGCGAGUCCCACGAGUGGAAGUGCCCCAAUGUGACGAAUCGCUGCGUCAACGUCACCAGCGUCUGCGACGGCAAGCCGGACUGCCCCAACGGCGCCGACGAGGGCAUCGGAUGCGACCUUGCCGAGUGCCGGUUGCAGGGAGGAUUCUGCAGCAACGGCUGCCUGCAGACCCCCCUCGGAGCCCAGUGCACCUGCCCCAUCGGUGAAGAACUGGGCCCCGAUGAAUUCACCUGCCAGGACCUGAACGAGUGCGACCCUCCCGGUCGGUGCUCCCAGAUCUGCGUCAACACCAAGGGCAGCUACUUCUGCAACUGCGUGGACGGCUACGUCCUAGAGAGGGACCGGCACACCUGCAAGGCCUUCAACCAGAGUGCGGCUUUCCUCAUCAUCUCCAACAGGCACACCAUCCUGGUGGCUGAUCUGAAGGACCAGGCUCUGGAGAGGGUCCCGAUCAACGUGGAGAACGUGGUCGCUACCGCGAGUAACAUGCACACCGGCACGAUCUUCUGGUCGGACAUGAAGCUGAAGAAGAUCUCCAGGCUGGACAGGGGCAGCGACCCCCAGGACGUCAUCUCCACUGGACUCGAUCUCGUCGAAGGCCUGGCCUACGACUGGAUUGGGCAGAACCUCUACUGGCUGGAUUCUAAGCUCAACACCAUCGAGGUCGCCAAGGAGACCGGGACCAACAGGAUGGUCCUCGUCAAGGAGAACAUCACUCAGCCCAGGGGCAUGUGCCUGGACCCCAGCCCUGGCGCCAGGUGGCUCUUCUGGACCGACUGGGGCGAGAACCCCCGCAUCGAGAGGAUCGGCAUGGACGGGACCAAUCGGUCCGUCAUCGUCAACACCAAGAUCUACUGGCCCAACGGCCUGGCCCUCGACAUCGCCACGAAGAGGAUCUACUUCGCCGACAGCAAGCUGGACUUCAUCGACACCUGUCUCUACGACGGCACCGGGAGGCAGCAGGUGCUGGGAGGGUCCCACUAUUUGUUGCAUCCCCACUCGCUGACCCUCUUCGAGGACACCAUGUACUGGACCGACCGGCAGCUCAACAGGGUGCUCUCGGCCCACAAGUUCAUGGGGUCGAACCAGACGGUGGUGUCGCACCUGAUCUCCCAGCCCCUGUCGAUCCACGUCCACCACCCGGUCCUGCAGCCCAUUACCCCGAAUCCUUGCGCCAACGCCACCUGCGCCCACCUGUGUCUACUCUCUCCCAGCAGCUCCACCGGCUACACCUGCAGGUGUCAGGUAGGCUUCAGGCUGCAGCCGGACGGUCGCUGUACCGAGGAGGAGACCCCCUACCUGAUGAUCCUACGCGGAUCCCAGAUCGUCGACGUCUCCCUCGUCGCCGGCGACUCCAAGACGGGAUACAUCACCCCCGUGGUCGGGGUCGAGGGCGGCAAGUUCAUCGACUACGACCGCAGGGAUCGCGUCAUUUACUGGCUACAGGGUAAGGACGGCGACGACGAGAACGGCACCAUCUACACGAUUCCCUACGGCGGAGGAAACCGCACCGAGUUCCCCAAUCCUGGGGGAGACAGCGGUAUCGUCGGGUCCCCGUCCACCAUGGCGCUCGACUGGCUCGGCAGGAACCUCUUCAUCGGGAAUCGCUUUGCCUCGAACAUCGAGGCGAUCAAGAUCGACGGGAAGAACCGAUACAGGACCAUCGUCCUGGCCAACGACGGGAACAGGACCUCGGUGGCCAAGCCUAGGUCCAUGUGCGUGGACCCGCUCGAGGGCCACGUCUUCUGGGUGGACGACGGCGACUUCGGGGUGCCCAUGAAGAUCGGCCGAGUCAACAUGGACGGUACCAACCCCCUGGUCCUGGUGGAGAACGCCACUAGGCUCGAGGCCAUCGCCAUCGACAUCCCGACGAGGACCAUCUACUUCAGCCAGCAGCACCCCACCUUCGUCAAGGCCAUGUCUACGGACGGCGGGAACGUCAGGACCAUCUUGUCGGCGGUGAACAAUAUCGCCCUGCCGAAGGCCUUGGCCGUUCACGAGUCCAGGUUGUACUACCUGGACCCGCUCUACGACAAGGUGGAGAAGGUGGACCUACCGGGCGGGAACAAUCCGCAGACAAUCAUCCAGAACGACUCCGAGCUGAGGACCCUGACCAUCUACAAGAAGAGGGCCACCGGGACCCAUCCCUGUCUGGUCAGCAACGGAGGCUGCGAGCAGAUCUGCCUGCCCUCUUCAGGGGGCACCAGGGUAUGCGCCUGUGGCCUGGAGUACCGCAAGGUCGACGAGACCAGGUGCGAGCCCUUCAAGACCUUCGCCGUGGUGACCCAGCUGGACGUGGCUCGGGGAUACAGCUUGAAGGACGCGAAAGAGGCCAUGGUCCCCAUAGCAGGGGUCGGGCAUCACAUCCUACACGUAGACGUCCACUACGCGGCCAACUGGAUCUACUGGGUGGAGUUCAACCGCGGGAUCUGGAACGGCAUCUUCAGGGUCAGACCGAAUGGCACGGAGAUGCAACAGGUGAUCAAGGAGGGCAUAGGCUCCAACGGCAUCCGGGGCCUGACCAUCGACUGGAUCGCCGGGAACCUGUACUUUGCGAACGUCUUCCCCCACGACAACUACGUCGAGGUCUGCUGGCUGGACGGGUCCAACCGGAAGGUGCUGGUGAAGACCACGACGGACUCGCCCAGGGAGCUGGCCGUCAACCCCAUCAAGAGGAUCCUGUACUGGAUAGACUAUGGACAGUACCCCAGGAUAGGCAAGGCGAAUCUGGACGGCAGCAACUGGACCGAGAUCGUCACCACCGGGAUUAGCACUCCUCGGGACCUGACCAUCGAUCCCAUGACCCACGACGUUUACUGGGUCGACUCCACCCUGGACACCAUCCAAAAGGUCUCGUUCACUGGGAGCAAUCAACAGGUGAUCAGGCGGAACCUGCCCAACCCCAUGGGGGUCGCCAUCUACGGCAUGGAGGUCUUCUGGGUCGACAGGAACCUGGCGACCGUCUUCAAGGCCAGCAAGCAGCCCAGUCUCGGCGUUCCCACCCUGCCGACCCCGCUCAGGACCAACCUGCAGAAGCUCCGGGACAUUGCCAUCUUCGACGAGAGCAGCCAGCCCAUGGACGGCACGAACCCCUGCAUCGCGACCCCCAACGGCGGCUGCCAGCAGCUCUGCUUCGCCUUCCCCCCGAGCUAUCCCCAGUCCUACAGGUGCGACUGCGCCACCGGGAAGCUGGCGAAGGGCGGCAAGACCUGCGAGACCAUCGACGAGUUCCUGGUGUUCGCCACCAGGACCGAGAUCCGCGGGAUCAACCUCGACCCUCGGGCGACGAACGUCCCGUUCAAGCCCGUGGGGAACCUCACCAACGUCGUCGGGGUGGACUUCGACUACGAGGACAAGAAGCUCCUCUUCACCCAGAUCAGACCCUGGGCGAAGAUCGCCUGGAUGCAGGCGGAGAGCCCCUCCUCGAGCGACAUCCACACCCUGAUCAGUAAGGGCAUCAACCCCGAGGGCAUCUCCUACGACUGGACCCAGAAGAAGGUCUACUGGACGGAUUCCUCCAACAACAGCAUCUACGCGAUGAACAUCGACGGGUCCGACCUCGUCAUGAUCGCCAGGGUCGACAGGCCCAGGGCCAUCGUCGUCGACCCCUGCAACGGGACCCUGUACUUCACCGACUGGGGCCGCUUCGGGACAUCCGGGAAGAUCUUCCGCACCACGAUGGCCGGCUCCCUGAAGAGGACCAUCAUCGAGAAGGACCUCUCCCAGCCGAGUGGCCUGGCCAUCGACUACGACGACCGGAUGCUCUACUGGACCGACGCCGUCAGGGAGAAGAUCGAGAGGUCCGACCUGGACGGCAAAAAUCGACAGGUCCUGGUCUCCGCCACCAUCUACCCCUUCGCCAUCACCGUCUUCAGGGAGCACAUCUACUGGACGGAUCUCCAGCUUAGGGGCGUCUAUCGCGCCGAGAAGCACACCGGCGCCGACAAGGUCGAGCUCGUCAAGAGGCUCGAGGACUCCCCCAGGGAUCUCCACGUCUAUUCACCUGCCAGGCAGCUCUGCAAGGUGAACCCUUGCAACAUCAACAAGGGUGGCUGCGACCAGUCCUGCCAUCCUGGGAUAAAUGGAUCAGCCGAGUGCAAGUGCGACGACGGCAGCAGACUCGUCAACGAGGGCAGGAUGUGCGUCCCUAAGAACGUCACCUGCGACGAGAGCAAAUUCGCCUGCAGGAACGGCAGGUGUUUGUCCAGGAUGUGGGCCUGCGACGGGGACGACGACUGCGGGGACGGCUCCGACGAGGACACGGUUUACUGCUCUCACCACUCGUGCAGCCCGAACGAGUUCAGGUGCAGGAACGGCAGGUGCAUCUUCAAGUCGUGGAAGUGCGACCACGAGAACGACUGCCGGGACGGCAGCGACGAGGAGGGCUGCGUGUACCCGCCCUGCGCCGCAGGUGAGUUCACCUGCGCGAACCACAGGUGCAUCCCGCAGUCGCAGGUAUGCAACGGAGUGAACGACUGCAAGGACAACGCCACCUCGGACGAGACGCACGAGCGGUGUCCCCAGAACACGACCUGCCCCCUGAACCACCUGAAGUGCGAGAAGACGAACAUCUGCGUGGAGCCCUACUGGCUGUGCGACGGCGACAACGACUGCGGGGACAACAGCGACGAGAACCCCCUGCACUGCGCCCAGCGCACCUGUCCCCAGAACAGCUUCAGGUGCCCGAACCACAGGUGCAUCCCAGCGACCUGGUACUGCGACGGGGACGACGACUGCCUCGACGGAAGCGACGAGCCCCCUGGCUACUGCCAAUCGGAGGGCCGCACCUGCUUCGGCGACCUGUUCACCUGCGACAACGGGAACUGCAUCCCCAGGAUCUACAUCUGCGACGGGGACAACGAUUGCCUGGACAACUCGGACGAGGACGACCGGCACCAGUGCAACGACAGGAAGUGCGACGAGGAGACGGAGUUCACCUGCACGGCGAACAAGGUCUGGAACCGGGCGCAGUGCAUCCCUAAAAAGUGGCUCUGCGACGGAGACCCCGACUGCGUGGACGGCGCCGACGAGAACGUCACCUUGCACCACUGCCCGGAGCCUACACCUUGUGCGGAGAACCAGUUCACCUGCGACAAUGGCCGGUGUCUUAAUCGAAACUGGCUCUGCGACCACGACAACGACUGCGGGGACGGCAGCGACGAGGGCAAGUUCUGCAACACCCAGUACAAGAAGUGCACCACCCUGGAGUACACCUGCCAGAACUUCAAGUGCAUCAGGAGGCAGUUCCGCUGCGACGGGCAAGAUGACUGUGGGGACCGCUCGGACGAAGUCGGGUGUCCUACCAAGGGGAAGAACAAUACCUGCGCCCAGCAGGGCGAGUUCAUGUGCGCCAGCGGAAGCUGCAUCGACCAGAGGCUCGUCUGCAACAAGGAGCCCGACUGCGCCGACGAGAGCGACGAGCCUGCCCACUGCAACGUCGACGAGUGCGCCAGGGUGGAGUUGAACCAGUGCGGGCACUACUGCGUGGAUACGCCCACGAGUUACUACUGCGAGUGCAAUCCUGGAUACAAGCUCCUGGAGGACGGGAAGGCCUGCGCGGACGUCGACGAGUGCAUAGAGACUCCCCAGGUGUGCAGCCAGCAGUGCGAGAACACCCCUGGAGGGUUCUACUGCAAGUGCAACGAGAAAUGGUACGAGAGGGCCGCCGACGAGCACACCUGCAAACGCAGGGACAACUCCGAGCCAUGGCUCAUCUUCACCAACAAGUACUACGUCAGGAACAUGUCCAUCGACGCCACCAGGUAUAGCCUGAUGCACCAGGACCUGAUCAACGUGGUCGCCCUGGACGCCGAUUACGCGAACGAGAUGCUCUACUUCUGCGACGUCACGGCUAAGACGAUAUACAGAGCUCCACUUAACGGAGGCGAGAAGGAGCCCAUCAUCCGGCACGACAGUCACGGAUUGGAGGGCAUCGCCAUAGAUUGGGUCGGUAGGAAGAUCUACUGGCUGGAUAGGCACUCGAAACACCUGGACGUGGCCGAGCUGGACGGGACCAACCGGAAGACCCUCAAGUCCGAGAUCGCGGACCCUAGGGCCAUCGUGGUGCAUCCCGGCACCGGGUACCUCUACUUUACCUCCUGGCACUUGCAGGCGUACAUCGGGAAGAUGGGGAUGGACGGCAGCAACUUCACGACGAUCCUGACCUGGGAGGACGACAUCGCCUGGCCGAACGCCCUGACGAUCGACUACUUCACCGACCGGAUCUUCUGGGCGGAUGCUCACCUGGAUUACAUAGCUUUCGCGGACCUGGAUGGUCAUCAUCGUCGCAUCGUCCUGUCGGGUCCGAAGGUGCCGCACAUCUUCGCCCUGACCGUCUUCGACGACUUCAUAUACUGGACCGACUGGAACCUGAAGGCGAUAAGCAGGGCGGAGAAGUUCUCCGGGGCGCAGUUGAGGCUCCUCAGGAACACCACUCAUAGGCCCUACGACAUCCACGUGUACCAUCCGCUUCGCCAGCUCCCUUACAACAACCCCUGUGCCCAAAACAACGGAGGGUGCUCUCACCUGUGCCUGAUCUCUCCCCCUGCCAGCUCCUAUCUCCUGGAAGGGUACGGCCAGCCCGGCAUCACCUCCUACAAGUGCAAGUGCCCCAACCAGUUCGUCCUGGACAAGGACGGGAAGACCUGCAUCGCCAACUGCACCGCUGGCCAGCACCACUGCGGUCCACCUGACGAGAAGUGCAUCCCCUGGUUCUGGAAAUGCGACGGCGAGCAGGACUGCAAGGAUGGAUCCGACGAGCCCAUCAGCUGCCACCCUCGCAACUGCAGGCCCGGGGUGUUCCAAUGCACCAAUGGAAACUGCACGUCCAGUGCCACGGUUUGCGACGGAGCCGACGACUGCGGGGACAGGAGCGACGAGGCCAACUGCUCGGCCGACUGUCCGGAGCUGGAGUUCAAGUGCAAGUCCAACGGCAGGUGCAUCCACGACUCGUGGAAGUGCGACGGGGACGCGGACUGCAAGGACGGCAGCGACGAGGACCCCGCGAUCUGUCAUAACAGAGAGUGCGACCCCAACACCGAGUUCAAGUGCAAGAACGGCAAGUGCAUCCCGAAGCUCUGGAUGUGCGACUUCGACAACGACUGCGGGGACGACAGCGACGAGCCCGCCUACAUGUGUCGGCAGAAGAACUGCACCACCGGGUGGCAGCGUUGUCCAGGUCACGCGAAUUACAGGUGCAUCCCGAAAUGGCUGUUCUGCGACGGGAAGGACGACUGCAGGGACGGGUCCGACGAACGACCCGAGAGCUGCCCCAAGUGCGACCCUGAGUCCGACUUCAAGUGCGCCAAUAAUCGCUGCGUCCCGAAACAAUGGCUCUGCGACUUUGCCGACGACUGCGGCGAUGGGAGCGACGAGGCCGAGGCGAUCUGCAAGUCCAAGUACAGGAGCUGCUCCGAGUCGGAGUUCAGGUGCAACAACGGGAAGUGCAUCGCCUCGAGGUGGAGGUGCGACAUGGAGGACGACUGCGGGGACAACAGCGACGAGAUCGAGUGCACGACCUUCGUCUGCAUGUCCUUGUCCUUCCAAUGCAGCAGCGGACACUGCAUCCCCGAGUACCUGACCUGUGACGGGACGCGGGAUUGUCGGGACAUGAGCGACGAGGUCGGCUGCUCCCCCAGGUACCCGAACGGGAGGUACUGUCCCGAGUCGAGGUUCCAGUGCGCCAACAACCUCUGCGUCUCCCUCUCGGACAGGUGCGACGGCACCGACGACUGCGGCGACGCCUCCGACGAGACUCUCGCGAUGUGCGCGAACUUCGUCUGCGACACCAAGAAGCGGUUCCAGUGCAACAACCACAAGUGCAUCGCCCGGUACCAGCUCUGCGACGGCAUCGACAACUGCGGGGACGGCUCCGACGAGAACAACAUGACGAUGUGCGCGACCAGGGUGCGACCUUGCGACAUCAUCACGGAGUACCAGUGCGCGAAUAAGAAGUGCAUAGACCGGCACAAGGUCUGCGACUAUGCCGACGACUGCGGGGACUCCUCCGACGAGCUGGGCUGCCACCCGAACAAGCAUUGCGGCGAGGGCAACAAGGGUGGGUGCGCCCACUAUUGUCACAACAUCACCGAGGGCGGGUACAUCUGCGCCUGCUACCCUGGGUACAUCAUCUCCCAGGACAACCGGAAGCAGUGCGAGGACAUCGACGAGUGCAAGACCGGGCAGCACCACUGCUCGCAGCUCUGCGCUAACCUGAACGGCACGUACUCCUGCUCCUGUCGGCAAGGAUUCCGUCUGACCGACAACCAGAGCGGCGUCUGCAGGGCCGACGACGAGGACUCCGUGCUGGUCUUCGGGGACGGAUCAGAGAUCCGAGCCUACAACCUGCACAAACGCGAGGUCACCGACGUCCUGACCCAGGAGAAGAGGGUCCAGUCCAUCGACUUCGAUCCGAGGGCUGAGUACAUAUACUGGAUCGACUCCUACGACAAGACGAUCAAGAGGUCGUACAUGAUCAACGCGAGGUACGGCGAGGUGAAGAAGGGCUACGCGCAGGAUCUGAAGACGAAGUCGAAGGCCUGGCCUACCAGUAUAGCUGUGGACUGGGUGGCCGAGAACCUGUACUGGACCGAGGUGGACAACUCCGGCGCCCUGCCAAAGGGUCGCAUCGUGGUGGCCAAGUCGGACAGCAGGUACAGGAGGAGCCUCAUCACCGAGGGCAUCGAGACGCCGACGUCGAUCGCGGUGGACCCCGAGAAGGGGAUGCUGUACUGGGCGAACACUGGAGCGGAGCCGAUGAUCGAGGCUGCCUGGAUGGACGGGAUGAGCGACCGGAAGCCGCUCGUCGGCGACAAGAUCGCCUCCCCCAGGGCCCUGACCAUCGACUACGCCAUGGACCACACCAUCUACUGGGCGGACGAGAAGCUGAACACCAUAGAGUCCAUCAGGCCCGAUGGCACGAACCGCAGGAUCGUUAUGUCGAAGGAAAAUGCGAAACACCCUGGCUUCCUGGACGUCUUCGAGAGCAGCCUCUACUGGGUGACGAUGGAGGGCGAGCUCUAUCGGCAGGACAAGUUCGGCAGGGGCGUCAAGGAGCUCCUGAUCGAGGACAUCUUGACGCAGAGCGACCUGAAGGUGUACCACCCGCUCAGGUACAACACCACCUUGAGGAACCCUUGCUCCGGGUACCCGUGCUCCCACCUCUGCGUCAUCAAGCCCAGGGGCUACACCUGUCUGUGCCCCGACAACACGAGGACGAAGCAACCGGGCUUCGUCGGCGAGAGGGUCUGCGACGCCCCGGCCGAGAGGCCCAGGCCCGCACCCAGGGUAUGCCCCUGCCAGAACGGGGUCUGCACAGAGGCCAGCGAGGAUGAGAUGCUCUGCCUCUGUCCCCACAACUUCCAGGGGAGGUACUGCGAGAUCGGCCUGGUCGCCGCCAGGGCCGGGGGCUCCACAGCCGCCAUCGUGGUGCCGAUCGUCGUCGCCAUCCUGAUGCUCCUCGGCGCCGCGGCGGUCAUCUUGGUGCUGAAGAAACGGCCCUUCGGAAAACCCGGAGGUCUAGGGGGAUUGACCGGUGCCCAGAGCGUGUCCUUCAGGCAAGGCAGCAACGUGGAGUUCGGAGGAUCUUCUAACGAGAGGAUGGAACCGCUGGACGUGGAGUACAACCUGAGCGACGUGAGCAACAAGAACCGCGACUUCAGCAACCCCAUGUACGACGCGGUCAACAUGGAGACCGGUGGUACCAACGGUACCGGGGCCAGCAGCAUUUACGAGGUCCCAGCCGAGGUCAAGCCCUCCAGCGUGCAGCACAAAGAGCCCCCCCAGCUGCACCUGAAGAGGCGCGAGCUCGACCCCACGCCCAUCGACCUGGGCAAGGACACCCAGCAGCUGGUCGAGGAGGACAAGUCCGAGUGCUAGGUGGAAAGGAGACCUCGAAGAGCAGCCCGAGUGCGUAGAGACGUUUGGAAUCGAUUCGAAAGAACCUCGAGGCUCCUUCACCCUGAAGAGGACCCUGAAGAGGACUCUGAAGAGCCGCCUUCCUCUUGCGCGAUCCCCCCGAGACUCGGCACGUGGAUUCGCUCUCGAGGUAGGCUUUCGAGAAGGUAAACGAAGGUAUCUUAGAUCUUAACCACUAGGUUCUCGAGUCCUCGAGGAAGAGCCUGCGCGUUUCGAUGGGCAGCUAGAAUGAGAGCCUCGAAGUUCGACCCUCGGUAUGGAUUUCGACUAUUAAUUUAACCCCCGGGACCGGGGUGGAGGGAAAUCGCGACCCCUGCCUCCCUGAAUUCAUUCCCCAGGUGUCAAGGUCUCUCUUCGGCGUUUCCGUCCAAUCUCCCUCAUUCUUUUUUUUUUUUCUCGCUCGUCUUCCCGGAGAGGCUUCAUCGUUCUCCAUCAUCGAUUGGCGGACCACAAGAGAUGAGAGAAAAGGGAAAUAAAAAAAUAUAAAUAGGAAAUAGAGUCGCAUGUCCCCCGCGUCCCGUGGGCGUGAUCUGUAAGUCUUGUAAAUAUAUAAAGGUAACCGCGAACGGUGGGUUCCCCAAGUGUUGUA